CGCUCCUUGUUCUCCUGAAGCUCCCCGUUCUCCGGCCGCUCCUUGUUCUCCUGAAGCUCCGCCUCCAUCCAGCGGUUCGGCUUCCUCUCUCCUCGGUCAUGAAUCCAUAUGGAGACGAUGUGUCUGGGUUUUCUGGCGGUCCGGUUCCGUACUCGGCCUCUAACCCCAGUUACUCCGUGGAUCCGUCGGUUCCUCCAUUCAUCCAGACGGGUCGCAGCGCUCUCCCCCCCCCAGCUGCUCAUUUCCCCCCCGCCCUUCCAGGCCCUGCCCCCCCAGGCCCCGCCCCCAGCUCCAUGCUGCCACUGCCGGCCUUCAGCCCCACCGAUAACCCCUACGCCCCCGCCGGCCUCCAGCCGCCCCAGCUGUCCGUCCCAGACCUCCAGCCGUCCCAGCUGUCCGUCCCGGACCUCCAGCCGCCCCAGAUGGACUGCUCUGACGAGUCGGGUCCGGACUUGGAGUGCGCCAUCUGCUUCAGCCAGUUCAACAACGUCUUCCGCUGCCCCAAGAUGCUGAACUGUAAGCACACCUUCUGCCUGGAGUGCCUGGCGCGUAUGAACGUCAAGUCUGCGGAGCCCAGCGCCAUCCAGUGCCCGCUGUGCCGCGGCCUGACCCCGCUGCCCCCCCUCGGCCUGCCCAAGCUGGCCACCGACUCGGACGUCCUGUCCUACCUGCCGGCCGCCAUGCAGAGGGUCUACAGCAUCCGCUUCAUCCGCAACAAGGGGAAGCUGCAGGUCAAAAGGUCGUCUGACGGGCCGGGCCGGUCGGGUCGGCCGGGCCGUCGGUCCAUGACGUCUCUCAGGUCGGUGAACCGGACUCUGGACGUGGGGCUUCCCACCCCGUCCUCCGGGGACGGCGGGGGGGCGGGGGGCGGCAUGGGCGGCGCCCUGUUCCGCCUGACGGGCCGACCCAUCUGCCGGGCCUUCCUCCUCACCGCCGUGGUGAUGAUGAUGGUCCUCCUCACCGGAAUCGUCAUCUUCCUCCUCACCACCAACAACGGCACCAAAUGACAUCACUUCCUGUCUGCUGGGAGGAAGAAAACUGAAAUGUAAUUAUUUUAUUUUAACUCCUGGAAUCUGAGCUGAGCGGGACGCAGCGGACCUUCAUCUUCAUCUUCAUCUUCCUCAUCUGGGUCACAGUGAAGAUGAUGAAGAUGAGCAGACGAUGCUUCAUGUGGAAACGUUUUAAAGGAAGAGCUGCUGCUGUGCAGCUGAUCACUUCCUGUUCUUUAAAGGGACCUGGGUCAUAAUCUGGUUCAUCAGAACCGGGUCGAGUCGGUCCAGUUCCCUUCCAGGUGAAUCUAAAGGUACCAAACAUUAAACUCACUGAUCCGUUUCCACUUUAUCACUUCAGGAUCAGAUCAGCUUGGAUCACGUUUCACUUUCACCUCACGGCUGUUUCAGGUGGUUCUGGUACCGGUUCUGUCCAGACUCCGGCUCCGGUUCUGUUCUGUCUCUGGGUCUGUCCUGUUACCAGUUCUGGUUCGGUUCUGUCCUCGCUCCAGCUCUGGUUCUGUCCUGGCUCUGGUUCCGGUUCUGGUUCUGGUUCUAAAUAUAACCCGUUUACUUCCUCCUGACCAGCUGCAGAUUUUCCCUUUUAAUCAAAUCUUGUUGACAGAAUCAUGCAAACGAUCCGGCUCCAGUGGUUCUGCUGCUCCGUUCAGACAGAGGGCUACACAGAACCAGCAGCUGGUUCCGGUCCAGUCCGACCCGUUCUGGUGGUUCCUCUCAGUGGCAGGAAUUUGCCUGCAUGUUGAAGCAUCAAUGUUUCCCUUCACAGAAAGUUUCCACAGCAGCUCCGAGUUUUAUUUCCAUCAACAUUCAGCAGAGGAAACGGGUCGGUUCUGGGUUCGGUUCUGGGUCCGGUUCUGAGGAAGGGACGGGUCAGGAUGGGCUGGAUCUUUACAUGAAGCCAGUGUUUAGACUCUGGGUGGUACUUUGGGUCGUUCGGACCGACCCAGUUUGAUCCGAACCUUAAAUGGACCCAACAGAACCGGAGCUGGAACCUUUUCAUAUGAACUGCUUUGAAUAUGAAAUCUGAGCUGAAAUCAGAAACGGUUCUGAAAGGCGAUCGGUUCUGUCCGGUUUUAUGUCCUGUUUUACUGUGCAAUGAAUUAUAAUAAUAAUAAUAAUGUUUUAUGUGUUUAUAACCUUUUACAGCUGCACUGUCACACUUUGUUUUACCACAUUUAAAUAAAGUUUAUAAUAAAUCCAA